AUGGCCAACAAAAUCACAUUAGCUUCAAUUCUCUUUCUCACCAUUUUCACAUAUUCAAAUGCAAAGCUAAGGCAUCUCAAGGAGACAAAACUAACGGUCUACUACCAAAAUUACUCCAGCCGCCCAAACGCAACCGUGAUCGAGAUACCGGGCCCAGCGAAUGGGACUGAAAACUACUUCAAGUUCGGAGCUAUGUUUAGCGUGGACGACCCAAUUACCGAAGAAUUCGACGAAGGUUCAGCCAUAAUUGCAAGAGGCCGAGGGCUGUUUGUGACCUCAGCUCUGGAUGGGUCCUCCAGCCAUGUAAUGUUGUCAGUUGUUUUUAUUGAUGGCGAGCAUAAAGGUAGCUCAAUAGAAAUAUAUGGUAAUGAACAACGGUCCAUGGUGAGGGAGGUGGCAGUGGUGGGCGGCACAGGGAAGUUCCGGCUAGCGCGUGGCUAUGUAACUUUCGAGAAUCUUUACUUUGAUCCGGUGCGCGGUCAUACAAUCCUCCAAUCUAAUAUGACUGUACUACAUUACUAG